GGGUUUCUGGGUUUCCGGCAGAACCGAUGGAUGAGCCUCUGCUUUCGUUUCUGAGCCAGAGGGAGACUAACAAUGUCUCUCCUCUUCCUAUUCCCAUAACGGCAUCAUCUUUCUUUAAGGAUAGGAUCAUCUUUGGUCCUUCUCCUACCAAGCAAUCAUAUUUAUCUCCUCCUGUUGAUGCCUUGACUCUGUCUCGUAAUUCAUCCAGAGCGUCUUGUUCCCCUUCUCUGGAAAAAUUGAUUACCAUUCAUGAGAUUCAGGACCCGCUUCUGCAGCAACAGCGGCGAUCCCAAUUGCACAUUUCUCUGCAGAGUUCUUGGUUGGUAGACCCGAAUUACAAAGGGGCCAAAAGCAAUCUUCACAGGUCCAAAACCGUGCCGGCUAUGGCUGAGAUCAAUGAAGUGACCGGCCACCCUGCAAUUCCUAAGCGUCAAUCUAGUUCACAGUCGAUCGUAAGACAAGCUUUGUUCUCCUGUUACUGUAUCUGUCGUUGGUUUUGUAUUGUGACAAUGUGCACGAUUAGGUAUGGUGAUAUUACCCACAAUAGUGUUGCCACAAAGUUGUUUUCUAUACUGUUUGUGUUGGUGGGUUUUGGGUUUAUUGAUAUACUGCUUAGUGGGAUGGUUAGCUAUGUGCUUGAUUUGCAAGAGAGCGAUCUGCUGAGAACUGUUAAGCAUGAAGCUGGUAAAAAGGAUCCGAAAUCAUACAUAAUAGAUGUGAAGAAAGGGAGGAUGAGAAUCAGAAUGAAAGUGGGAUUGGCAUUAGGUGUCGUGAUCCUUUGUAUUGGAAUUGGUGUUGGUGGUAUGCAUUUUGUUGAGAAGCUUGGGUGGUUGGACGCCUUCUACCUUUCAGUUAUGUCAGUUACAACAGUUGGGUACGGUGACAGGGCAUUUAAGACGUUGCCUGGUAGGAUCUUUGCUUCUAUCUGGUUGCUUGUGUCAACCCUUGCAGUUGCUCGGGCAUUCUUGUAUCUUGCCGAGGCUAGAGUGGAUAAGCGGCAUAGGAAGAUGGUGAAGUGGGUGCUUGGACAUGACUGUCUCAGAGUUUCUUGCUGCGGAUAUUGAUAACAAUGGCUUCGUGAGUAAAUCAGAAUAUGUCAUAUACAAGCUCAAGGAGAUGGGGAAGGUCUUGGAGAAGGACAUCCUGCAGAUCUGCCAGAAGUUUGACAGACUUGAUGCUGGCAAGAAUCAUCAUUGAGAUGCAAGUGAAGAUAUGGCUAGCUUACAUCCAUGUGAAUCUAAUUAAGAGAUUCACAUGAACAUCAAUCCUUGGUGAGUUUUGUUCCUCUUCCUUGUGCAAAAUGCUGUUUUUGGUCAGAUUGCAGAGAUAAUUGGACAAAGUCUGCUCAGGGUGUCAAUGAUUUUGUACCAAAACCGUCUUUGCAUAAACAAAGUAAAUAAUUUGAUUUUCU